GAGUUGGAUACGAAAGAGACUGCAUUAAUCCGUAUCAUCACUGCGGCCUUAUUAUAGUGAUCUUAGUCUCCUCAGCCGCACGCUCCGGGUAUCGCUAUUGCAGAACCGCGACGAGACUUGCCCCAUUCCGCGAAGCUCCCGGGGCAUGGCUACGCCGGGCAUCCGCCAUGGCUCGGCCGUAUAGCAGCAAGAGCGACUUCGCCUACCCUCCCCGGUACUAUCCGGACCACUCAACCUCGCUGCUCGACGACUUCCGCGCCCUCGUUGCCCAGGCUUUCCGUUCGCUGGUCCGUUUCUGGCGUGAGCGCGGCCACGGCGUGGUGUUUGCUGCCAUGUGGACUGCCGUAUAUCGCCUGCGUCAGAACAUGGCCUACCAUCGUCUGCUGAGCUUUCCGCACCUGCUCGUGGCCGUGUGGGUGGUGGUGCUGCUCUGGGGCGAGCGAUGGGUGUUUCACUCCAAGGUCGAGAGUUGCGACUGGAGUUACUGGGAGAAAUGGCCCGCCGGUGCCGAACCCCACCGUGUCGCGCUCGUCGCCGACCCGCAGCUGAUCGACGCUCACUCGUAUCCCGGCCGCCCGUGGCCGCUUAAUUCACUGACAGUGCGAAUCACUGACAACUACCUCCGCCGAUCGUACAACCAGCUGCAGUGGCGACUCGACCCCGACAGCAUCUUCUUCCUGGGGGACCUGUUUGACGGCGGCAGAGAGUGGAAGACGGCGCACGGGUCGUUUGAGGACCCGGCUUGGGGGCCGCAUCCGAAACAUGAACAGAAGUAUCUGAAGAAGUGGCACAAGAAGUAUGGAGAGUCUUACUGGCUGGAGGAAUACGCCAGGUUUGGCGGCAUCUUCGUGGACCCCUGGGUGAAGGCGGGAGCAGAGCAGGAGGCCGGACGGAGAAGGAGGAAGCUGGUUGCCAGUCUGCCUGGCAACCAUGACCUGGGGUUUGGCGACCAGAUCAAGGUGUCGGUGAGGAACAGAUUCGAGACGUACUUUGGGGAGGGCAACCGGGUGGACGUUAUCGGGAACCACACGUUCGUGUCCGUCGACACCGUGUCGAUGAGUGCCGCGUCCUCGGCCGAAGCCAGCCGGCACGAUCUCAGGCCUAUCUACGAGCCCGUCGAGCGGUUUCUAAACGAUGUGAAGCAAACAAAGCAGAAGGCGGUUGAUAGAGAGCUGCGUCUCCUCCGCGGCGAGGGGCAAGAAAGCGAGCUCCCGCACAAAGUCGAGGAAGCGGGCAAAGUCAGAAAGACCGACGACAAAUCAAGUCGGGGCGGCAACGCGCCGGAACUGCCCACCAUUCUACUAACGCACGUCCCGCUUCACCGACCGCCUGGAACACCAUGUGGGCCAUUGCGAGAAAGAUGGCCACCUACGAAGCCGCCGAAGGGACAGACUGACCCCGUCCUCCCCGACCACCGCAACGCCAUCUCCGUCUCCGGCGGCUACCAGUACCAGAACGUGCUUGGCGAGAAGGACUCGGAAGAGCUGAUCCAGAAAGUGGGAAACGUCGUCCACGCCUUCUCGGGCGACGACCACGACUACUGCGAGGUCACCCACUCGGCCGCGCAGGCCAACGUGCGCGAGAUCACAGUCAAGAGCAUCAGCAUGGCCAUGGGCGUGUCCAAGCCCGGCUUCCUGCUCAUGAGCCUGUACAACCCGAUCGACCCGGCCACGGGCCAGCCGCUCACCUCGGGCGAACACCAGCCCACGCUCCAGACGCACCUCUGCCUCCUCCCGAGCCAGGUCUCCACCUACCUGCGCUACGUCAGCUUCGCGCUGGUGUGUGUCAUCGUCCUGGCCGUCCGCGCCUGCCUUGUCCCGAUCCUGGGGUUGAAGCCGUUCGCGCUCGACCUCGCCGAGUCUUAUCCUUCUGGACCCGAACAGCAAAGGAGAAACGGGAGCAUCCUGCCCCAGUUUAAGGCAAAGGUGGAGGACUACGAGGAGUAUACCCUGCCGCGCGGCUUCUCCGCGUCCCAUCGUCUGAGCAACGGGAAUAGCACCACCCGCGAUCGGAGUGGCUCUGCCUCGUCUUACAACAUGCCUCUCGGCGCAAGGCCCAACGGGAUUGCGACGGCGCAGGCGAGGAAUCCGAGCCCCAACCCCAAAGGUGGGGGUGGUGGUCUACAUAGAUCUGGGUCCUCGGGAGGGGGGCAUCACGGGAGGAGGAAGAGCCAUGGCAAUGGCAGUAAGUACGGUGGGGGCGGGAGAUGGGGCGUGGGGAGGGCUGCGCCAAGGAUCGAGAUACCCAGCGAGAAUGAGGAGGAGGAGAUGAUGUACGGCGGGUACAAUGGCAAGUGGAAGGCUGCUGCGUGGAAGAGGAGGGGGCUCGCCAGCAGGCAACCGAGAUCGACGGUCGGGGUGGUGGUUACCGAGUUGUGGACCACCGUGUGGAGGGUUGCAUGGAUGGUGGUGGGGUUCUUUGCGUGGUUGACUUGGAAAGGGUAGUGUCGUAUCGUACCUAGUGGAUGGUGGAUGGGUGAGGAAGUAGA